AUGGCGCCCUCGUCGGUUCCCCCCAACCCGACGGCGCACAAUGUCGCCCAGCUGCUGCCGCGCUUCACGGAUGAUGACCCCGAUUUCCGCUUCAUGGCCCUGAGUGACCUGCACGACAUCCUCGUCGUCGCUCACUCGGGCCUCCUCCUCCACGACGAUGUUGUUGCGGCGCGCACAGUCGAUGGUCUGCUCACCACACUCGUCGAUACCAACGGCGAGGUGCAGAACCAAGCCGUCAAGUGCCUUGGGCCGUUUGUGAACAAGAUCAGCGAUAAGACGCUGCCUGUCAUGAUCGACAAGCUCUCUACGCUCCCCACAGGCAAUACAGUCGAUCAGUCAAUACCUGCCCUCGCCCUCCGCGAAGUCGUCGUCUCCCUCCCGCGUCCUGUCGCCGGUGCUGCGCGUACAAAAUCUGUCACCGACGCCUAUAGCGCCAUUAGCAGAGUAUUGAUUCCGCGCCUGAUCGGAUACAAUGUCAUCCCUCCAGCACAACAUGGCCUCAGCCAGCCCCCCAAGGGCAUGCUGCAGGACGAUUUGGACAAGGGUACAGAUAGCAACGCCAUCGACGUGCUGACCGAGGUCGCACGGUGCUUUGGAUCUAUGCUACAGGACGUCGAGAUCCAGGCGUUGCAGCAAAUCACAUUCGCAAUCCUUGAAAACAACCGCGCGAGCUCCAUGAUGAAGAAGAAGUCGGUCACGGCCAUCUCUACACUGGCUGGAUACUUUUCCGAUCAGCUGCUGAGCAGUUUUCUCUCAAAGAUGAUCGAACUCCUGCGGGAUGUCCAUCUCACCCGCAGCAAGCGAAAGCUCUACAUCACGAUUCUAGGGUCCAUGGCUCGGUCGAUUCCCCGCAAGUUUGGCCCUUACCUCAAGACCUUGGCCCCUUUUGUCAUGAGCGCAUUGAGCACAGAGGAGCAAGACGAAGAAAUGGACGUAUCGGAUGACGAGGCAGAGCGUGAUCCUGAGGUUGACGAAGUGCUCGAGGCCGCUCUCAUUGCACUGGACAGUUUCCUCGCCUCUUGCUCUCAGGACAUGCGCUUGUACACAAAGGAGACUAUCGAUGCCGCGACGCGUUACCUCAAGUACGAUCCUAACCUCGCAGAAGAUGAUGAUGAAGAUGCCGACGACGAUAUGCCAAGCGACGAGGAGGACGCGCUCGAAGGCGAGGAUUUCGAAGAAGAAGCAGGCUAUGAUGAUGACGAGGAUGCAAGCUGGAAAGUGCGUAGAUGUGCAGCCAAGGUUCUGUACACGUUGAUCUCAACGCGGAGCAAUGGCGAUCUGCUGGAAGACGGCACUCUUUACAAUAGCGUCGCACCAGCACUCAUCUCGCGAUUCAAGGAGCGAGAAGAAAACGUCCGCUUGGAGAUUCUGUCGACGUUGUCCAACCUGAUCAAGAAGUCAGGCGAUGGUCCCUCCCCUGUCAAGUUUUCAGAUGAGACACAGCAAAGCAGUAUGAUGCCACCGCCGCCAAGUAAAAAGCGACGCCGCGGUGGGAGCGAUGCGAGUAUGUUCGAUCUUCAGGCCGGCUCUUCUGUGUCCAUGGGCUACGCUUCACCUGCACGAGCGGGCACGCCUCCUGUAGGCCCGCGUGCUAGCUUGGCCAAGCUCAGUCCCGAAAUUGUCAAGGGCAUCGCACAGCUACUUAAGCAAACCUCAUGUCCACCCACUACUAAACAAGCAUCAAUAUCCCUGAUCAAGGACAUUGUAAUUACCCAGCGGGGUGGUCUUGACGGCUAUCUCAGCCAGCUCAUCACCCCAGUUAUAGAAGCUGCAAGAAUCGCUGGGGGACUAACAAGCAGCGCUUCUGCCACAGCCAACAGCUUGCGCACCCAGGCUCUACAGCUGAUAGGCGCCAUCGCCGAUACCCACUCUUCCAAAUCCAUACAGCCGUAUCUCGGGCCUAUCAUCGAUGCGCUUCUUCGGGGAAUCAAGCACAGGUACAGUAAGUUGUCUAUCGAGGCUCUUGCUGCGACUGAACAGGUUGUCAAGGCCCUGACACCACCUCGAUCCGCCGCGUCAGGAAGUGAGAAUCAGCAACAUGUCGAGUCACUCUAUGAUGCACUAGUAGUGCGGAUAGCCGCGAACGAUGCCGAUGUAGAAGUACGACGAAGUGCCAUCCAUGUCCUUGGCGUGUUGCUCGGCAGGAGCUCUGGUUCACAAGGUCUUCUUUCCUCAACCAAGCGAACAGCUGGGCUUCAGCUUCUGGAAGACCGUCUCAAGAAUGAGCUUACCCGUCUUGCCUCAGUGCGUGCUAUCGACUCAAUUGCCGCGCAUACCAAGGCAAAGGAUGAGCUGUCUGCUAAGUGGGUUCGCGAUGUGGCACUGGAGCUUGGUGCACAACUGCGCAAGGCCAGUCGUGCAUUACGUGGUGCCAGCUUAAGCGCUCUUCGAACUCUCGCACUGAACCCGCAGUCCCGCAUCCAUCUCGAUAGUGAGACCAAGGCACAAGUUGUAGAGAUGUUGUUACCACUGCUCAAUGUCAGCGAUCUCCACCUCCUAGGUCCGGCACUCGUCAUCCUUGCCACCUUUGUCAAGGACGAUGCGCAAGCUAUCAUGACGCCGAAUCUUAACGCUGCGUUGUGUCAAGUUGCUCAAGGUUCGAUUAGUGGUACUCCCCUGGACGCGCUGCUGAACCUCGUUCGCACAAUCGGUGAGCAGCAUGCUGGACAAGCAUUGAUGCAGGCUCUUCUACAACGAGUUGGCGUAUCUGGACAUGCAGAGGUUGUGGGCAAAGUCAUUGGUAACCUUCUUGUCUAUGGCGGUGAUAGUGUCGGCGUCAAGCUCGAGCAGUUCAUCACCGAGCUCGAGACGGCACAGGACGACAAGCGCCAAUGCCUCGCAUUAGUCGUACUUGGAGAGUCCGCAUUACGAUUAGGGCCGCAGUCAAGUCUUGAUCCCAAGCUAUUCAUCAAGUACUUUACUGUACGGUCGGAAAAUGUGCCACUUGCAGCUGCUGUGGCACUUGGACGAGCCGGUGCUGGAAGUGUUAGCAAGUAUCUUCCGGUCAUUCUAUCCACUAUGGGUCAGCCAUCUGCUCCACAAUACCUCUUCCUACACUCGAUUAAGGAGAUACUUCAACACGAUGACACCGAAUCGGAGAUUAUACCGUACGCAUCGACACUGUGGCAAAAUCUUGUUGUUGCAUCCCAGCUCGAGGACAACAAGGCAAUAGGCGCAGAGUGCAUCGGUAGACUUACCAUUAUCGACCCAAAGACGUACCUUCCACAGCUCCAGGCAUUCUUAAGCGACCGCAAGGGAAGCGUACGCGCCAUGGUCAUCUCUGCUAUAAGAUAUACCUUUACAGAUACCGACGAAGCAUACGACGAGUAUCUCAAGCCCAUUGUGGUUCCUAUGCUCGUCCAGAUGCUCAACGAACCUGAUCUUGAGAACCGACGUCUCGCUCUGAUGACAUUCAACUCGGCCAUGCACAACAAGCCCGACAUCAUUCUACCAGCGCUUGACCAACUGCUCCCGUUGGCCAUGAAGGAAACCGUUGUCAAGCCGGAGCUUAUUCGGGAGGUCCAGAUGGGUCCUUUCAAACACAAGGUUGAUGAUGGUCUGGAGAUCCGCAAGAGUGCGUAUGAAACUCUAUACGCUCUUCUUGAGAAGGCGUUUGUCCGACUGUCAGCCAUUGAGGUAUCCGACUUCUUUGAUCGGGUGGUUGCUGGUAUCAGUGAUGAGCACGAUAUCCGUAUCCUCUGCAACCUCAUGCUCACCAAACUCAUGGUGAUCGCACCAGAGCAGGUACAUGCACGCCUAGAGGCUCUCGCCCAUAACUUCCGCUCAGUACUCGCCGUCAAGCCCAAAGAAAACGCGGUCAAGCAAGAGAUCGAGAAGAUUCACGAGGGCGCUAAGGGUGUACUCAAGAUUUCCGCGCAGCUUAACAAGCAAAUGGGCACAGAGGUUGGACUGAUUACGGGGGAUGAUCCACAGUCUCGUGCUUGGGCGCAUUACUGGGAUCAGAUCCAGAAGGAGCACCAAACUGGCCUCAAGGCUGUUCUAGAGGAACUCAAGGAACGUGAUCGUUAG